AUGGCAUACAAUGGCAAUGAGGACCUGCAAAUGACUACACGAAGGCAGGCACGAGUUGACUAUGAAUUGCUCAAUGGUGGCCCUGAUUCCCCUGAAGGAGUUCUACCAUCAGACCAAAUCACUGAAUCUGAUAUAUCUCAAUUUUCUUCACAGUCGCCAUGGCACUUCAAUUCUACCUCUACCGAUCAAGAAUCUCUAGCCUUCUCAGAGAUUUCACCUCAUGAAUCUGCCUCACAAACCUUUACCCGGAAGAUCAAGAAACCUCGCCCAGCACCGACUACCGAUUGGAUUUGGGAUUACUUCUCUACAACUGAGGCUUUUCAGCAAAUCUUUGAAGAUAUUCCAGGAAUCACUCUACCAUUCACAUCUCGAUCAACUGUGAGUCGACGAUUACAAGAGCAAUUCAAAACCCAACGAUCCUUGUUGAAGGAGGACUUAGCUACUACAUGCAAAACAAUUGCAUUAUCUCUUGAUAUAUGGACAAGUCAGAAUCACUAUCCUAUCCUUGGUAUCAUUGGUCACUGGCUUACAGAGGAUUUUCACUAUCGUGAAGAAACUCUAGAGUUCUGUGAAAUCUUUGGACCUCAUACAGGGGAAAAUAUUGCUACUGUGGUUCACAAGGCCUUAGUGGAAUUGGAUCUCACGUCAAAGUUGACUACAAUUACUGGGGAUAAUGCCUCAAAUGUUCAAGAGAUGGUUUCUGAGUUAUGGUAUCUUUUGGAACUGAAUCAGAAUUCUUUACAACCAAUUCGAUUUUCUGGACCUAAUAGCUAUAUUCGCUGUCUGGCUCAUAUCUUGAACCUCAUUGUGAAAGAUAUUCUUCGUUCCUUGAAAGCUGGAAGUGUUUCAGAGGCCAAUUCGAUCUGUGAUAAUCUAAAAUCCAGGAAUCCCCAAUCGACCUCAUCAUCAAGCUCUCCAUCUAUCUCAUCUCAAUCAGCAUUAGCCAAACUCCGGAUUCUUGCUAUUUGGAUUUCUCGCAGUCCUCAACGGAGGCAAGACUGGAAGUCAAUCUGUGAUGAGAUGAAGCUCGAUGAUAAAUUCAUUGAGUAUGAUGUAGAAACACGGUGGAAUUCUACCUUUCGAAUGCUUAAUGAUGGGAUACAAGCUCGAGCUCAGAUCAAUCGAUUCUGUGCUGUACAGGGUGAAAUUCCUCCCUUUACCAAUGCAGAAUGGGAACGACUUAGUCAGAUUCAUAAAGCUCUCAAAACCUUUAAUGACUUGACGCACUUGGUAUCUAUAUCAAGGCCACAGAUCAGCCUCACUGUCCCAAUUUACUAUAAGCUUCAUGAUCUUUUACGGGAUGAUGCCUUAGUGGGAUAUGAUGAUGAUAUUGCCAAUGCAAUAAGGGCAGGCAUGAAGAAGUACCAAAAGUACUAUGACUUCAUGGAUAACUCUGAAGCUUAUUAUACGGCAUUAAUGCUUGAUCCUCAGCUCAAAUGUGAUCUCAUACUUCAUGAGAUGGUAGAUCAAAAGGCUGCCCAAUUGAUUAUACGGGAGACUCGUCGGAUGCUCCAUAAGAGAUAUCCACCACUUCCACAAUCAAUUCCAUCCUCGCUUUCACAGACAAAUCUAGACUCGAAUCCACAGUCAAUUCCAGGCUUGACUCAGGAAGAUUCUCUCAAUCGCAAAACAAUGCGGUUAUGGAUGCUGAAAAAGCUACAGCCUCAGGAAUAUCAAUUUGUUUCUGAUAUUGAUCAGUACUUUGAUAGUCCUCGGGUUACUAUCACAGGCGCAGAGGAUCCAGACUGGCUCUGCAAUUGGUGGCGUACCCAUAAGGGUGAAUACCCUCAAAUGGCAGAGGCUGCAAGGGAAUUUCUUGCGAUCCCAGCUUCAGAGGUUUGUAUCGGAAUUAUCGGUAAAAUCCGAUAUCGGGAACAGCCCUACGCAGAAGUUCGACACAAGCUACAAAGCCUGACAGAUAGACCCCUUACACCGCAACCCCUUUCCGAACCAUGCGCCCAGAACGGCCACGAUGAGAUCCUUCGCGAAAUUCAAUCCUUGCGCGUUGCAAUCAGUCCUGCAGACCCCACCACGGGAUCUCCGUCCUAUGCAGAUGUUGCCCGCACUCCCUAG